UUCAUUGAUUUCAGCGGUGCUCUAAAACCCAAGCGCCAUCCUCCAUACUUUCUCGCUCCUCCGCUCUCCUUCUCUCUCUUCUUCAUCAUCAGUAACUCAGAUCACACUCCUCCUUCCGCCAUGAAAGGAGCUUUCAACAAUGGCGGCGAGCUUCUCAAAUCACCAUCUCUUCUCAAGAUCCUUAUUCUCAUCUUCCUCUCAAUCACUUUCUUCUACAUCGGUAAACACUGGUCUGAUGUCGGUACUCAACAACUCCUUUUCUUCACUUCUUCCUCAUAUUCUCUUUCUUCUCAUUCAGUUUCUCUCUCUCCUAACCUUAACAAAAACUUCGACGUUUUGUCUCUUAUCAAUUCCACUUCUCCUCCUUCAGCCGAUUUACACGAUUUAGUUCAACGACCGCCUCCGCCGGAGAAAAAAGUGGUGGAGGAACCGGUGAAGAGGUUUGGAAUUGUUGAUGAGAAUGGUACUAUGACGGAUGAUUUUGAGAUCGGAGAGUUUGAUCCUAAUGUGGUGGAAAAUUGGGGGAAUUCUAGUGAUUCGGAAGUUGCUGAAUCGGAAAAUAAGGUUAAAAUUAGGGUUUCUAGGUUUCCAAUUUGUGAUGAGAGUUUUAGAGAGUAUAUACCUUGCAUGGAUAAUGAAGAUGCUAUUAAAAGGUUGGUUUCGACAGAGAAAGGUGAGAAAUUCGAGCGGCAUUGUCCCGAGAAAGGAAAGGAAUUGAAUUGUUUGGUUCCGGCGCCCAAGAACUAUAAGACUCCGAUUCCUUGGCCAAAAAGUCGAGACGAGGUUUGGUACUUCAACGUACCUCAUACACGUCUUGUUGAAGACAAAGGAGGUCAAAACUGGAUGACUAGAAGCAAGGACAAAUUUAAGUUUCCUGGAGGUGGUACACAAUUUAUACAUGGUGCAAAUCAAUACUUGGAUCAGAUCUCUCAGUUAAUCCCUGAAAUUGCAUUUGGCAAACAUACUCGUGUUGCACUAGAUAUUGGAUGUGGUGUUGCAAGCUUUGGCGCUUACCUUAUGUCACGAAAUGUAACCACUUUAUCUAUCGCCCCGAAGGAUGUCCAUGAGAAUCAAAUUCAGUUUGCGCUUGAGCGAGGAGUGCCAGCAAUGGUGGCAGCUUUUACUACUCGUCGCUUACUAUAUCCCAGUCAGGCUUUUGAUUUGAUACAUUGCUCAAGAUGUAGGAUCAAUUGGACUCGUGAUGAUGGAAUACUUUUACUAGAGGUCAAUAGAUUGCUGCGUGCUGGAGGCUAUUUUGUUUGGGCAGCGCAGCCAGUUUACAAGCAUGAAGCUAUUUUAGAAGAACAAUGGAAAGAGAUGGUCAACCUUACAAAUCGUCUUUGCUGGGAGCUGGUAAACAAGGGAGGAUAUAUUGCAAUAUGGCAAAAGCCCUCGAACAAUAGUUGCUAUCUGAGCCGUGAAGCUUAUACUAGCCCUCCUAUCUGUGACAAAGAUGAUGAUCCAGAUAACGUUUGGUAUGUGAAUCUCAAGCCUUGUAUAUCUCGUCUUCCUGAAAAUGGUUAUGGUGGAAACGUUACGGACUGGCCAGCAAGAUUGCAUGACACACCAGAGAGGUUACAGAGCAUCCAAAUUGAUGCCUACAUAUCUAGGAAAGAGCUCUUCAGGGCUGAAACAAAAUAUUGGAAUGAGAUCAUAGGAAGCUAUGUUCGUGCUUGGCAUUGGAAGACAAUGAAAUUUAGAAAUGUAUUGGACAUGAAGGCUGGCUAUGGAGGAUUUGCAGCUGCAUUGAUCGAUAAUGCUAUAGAUUGUUGGGUUAUGAAUGUGGUUCCUGUAAGUGGGCCAAACACGCUGCCUGUUAUCUAUGACCGUGGACUGAUUGGAGUCAUGCAUGACUGGUGCGAACCCUUUGACACAUACCCAAGAACUUAUGAUCUGUUGCACGCCUCUGGUCUCUUUGCCAUUGAGCGAAAAAGAUGCAACGUUUCUAGCAUCAUGCUUGAAAUGGACCGGAUGCUAAGGCCAGGUGGGCGUGCAUAUAUUCGCGAUACCAUCAACGUUGUCGAAGAACUUCUUGAAAUUGCAAAGGCAAUGGGAUGGCGAGCAGCCAUCCAUGACACGUCCGAAGGACCUCAUGCUAGUUAUAAGGUGUUAUCAUGUGAUAAACAGCUCUUGCGCAGAUAGCAACCAGAAUAAGUUCAAACUACCCAGUAAAUUUGUUGAAAACUACAAUUCCUGGUAAAUGUCGUACACCAUCAUCUGUGAAAGACUUGAUGAAGGUUUGUCGUGGGUUGUCAAGGAAUCAUAUUUGAUUGCAGCAAAAUCAGGUUUAGAAAGCUCAAAUAGGCGAAAAGUUGGAUAAAAUUCAUGUACUAGUGUAUAGGACGUAUAUUUAUAUAGGGCUGUUGUUUUUAAGUUGUAAUUGGGUGAGAAAUGAGAAAAGACUGCUAAGUCGGAAGCCUUAAUAGCAACAAGCGGGGUUUAACUGUAGGAACUACGGUAUUUUUUCCAUAUCCUGUAAUGCUCUGUUAAUUCUUAUUGUGUAUUUAACUAUUUAUAGUAGUUAUUAAGAUUAUUUCAUGUGAAAAUUGCCACUAUUUUAUGCUUGAAAAGCUCAACUGCUUGAAAUCGUGCAAGUUGAUUGUUUCUACUAGCGGAACUC